AUGGCGGCUGUCAUGGCGGCGGCGGCGGCGGACAUCACGGCGCUCUUCAGGGCCUCCGUGAAGACGGUGAAGACGCGCAACAAGGCGCUGGGCGUCCCUCCCGGAGGAGCCGAGCCGGCCGCCCUGUGGCCCAGGAGAGCCCCCGGGGGAAGGGGAGGCUUCUCCGCCCGGGCCCGCGAGGUGGUUAAUAACAUUGGGAAACUCAAAGACUUUCUUCUGCAGCACAGGAAAGAUUACAUUAAUGCUUAUAGCCAUCUCAUGUCUGAGUAUGUGCGAAUGUCCGACACUGACCGAGAUCAGAUUGACCAAGAUGCCCAAAUCUUCAUGAGAACGUGUGCGGAUGCAAUUCAGCAGCUCAGAGCAGAAGCACACAAGGACAUCCAUUCCCCACAAGUGAAGCAGCACCGAGAAACGGUCUUGGAUUUCAUUGCAGACUAUUUAAAAAGGGUGUGCAGGCUGUACUCGGAACAAAGAGCGAUACGGGUCAAGCGCGUGGUGGAUAAAAAGAGACUAUCCAGGCUGGAGCCGGAGCAAAGCCGUAAGUCAGCUCCAGCUGCUUCUGCCGGGAAAGCGCCUGAGAGGGAGGCGUCUUCUGAAGAGCCGGGAGAGAAACCCGCCAGGGAAGCCCACCGAGAGAGAAACCUAAUUGAUGAGCACUCUGACUUUGGACUUGGUCAAGACAGCAGAGGAGAAGACGAGCUUUCCCCUGAAGAAAUCCAAAUGUUUGAGCAGGAAAACCAGCGCCUUGUGGGUGAAAUGAACAGCCUGUUUGAUGAAGUGAGGCAGAUUGAAGGGAAAGUAGUUGAAAUAUCUAGACUUCAAGAAAUAUUUACAGAAAAAGUAUUACAACAGGAAGCUGAAAUUGACAACAUUCACCAGAUAGUUGUGGGUGCAACGGAGAACAUCAAGGAAGGCAACGAAGACAUAAGAGAGGCAAUCAAGAAUAAUGCUGGAUUCCGAGUGUGGAUCCUCUUCUUCCUGGUCAUGUGCUCCUUCUCCCUCCUGUUCCUGGACUGGUACGGAAGCUGAUCCUGGA